AUGACGCCAUUAUGGCAGUGGUCGGAACAACAAUUUUUAACUUUGAAUAAUACCUUCCGGCGUCUGUCGAGGAACCGGAUGAUGGCUACUAUUCCUAUCCCUCAGCAAGCCAAGAUCACCACCGGACCCCUUCCUGAUAUCAAGGACCUUCCAGAAAUCGCUCCUGCCGGAGAUUACAUACACUCCGUCGAAGAGGUUGUCGGAUUCAACGAGAUCCGCAAGGCCAGAACCGCAGAGGUAAAUUCGUUUAUGACGGUGGACCUCCGGAGUGGAUCGGCGAUUGCAAUCACGUCGCCUGGGAUUGUCAUCCUGGGCAGCGUGCACCCAGAAGCGGACGAGAAGAAUAUCCACGACAUGAUGAUGAUGCUCGUCGCCACGAAGAGGGGCUUAGCUAAUGAUGGUCACUUCAAGAAGCAGCCAUGGGCCAUUCUUGUCGGGGCAUCAAUAAAGGAUGAUGAAAAUGAAGAUACGUUUUUCCAUGCCGAUCUCUGUGAGGAGUUUGUCAAUACGAUGUCGGACGCGGGGUACCCGGUAGAUUACCGCAGAUAUCCCAUCGCGGACAACGACGAGCAUGGCAUUGUUGCAUUCUUUCAUUCAACCGUCGACGAGCCGAAUAUUAAGGUGUAUGCCCACGAUCGUGAAAUUACUAUUUAUGAAUAG